UCAAAGCCUUCCUAUUUCGACGAAAGCCACAACCAAACAGCCCAUUAACAGAAAACAGAGUAACAGAGCCAAAGCCAGACCGAGCGAGAGAGAGAGAGAGAGAGAGAGAGAGAGAGAGAGAGCUGAAGCCGAAAGACAUAAGUGAUCUUUUUAUAUUCUUCAAUGGCAACCAGUAAGAGCUACUUUGCUAGACAAAACUACCGGUUCUUAUCAAGCGACCAGAGCCUGCACGCGCCACUCACACACGAUUCUUCGGCAUUCGAACUCGACGAGUCUGAUGUUUAUAAUAACUCAGUGACAACUCGUUCUAACUCGCCCGAGUUUCGUAAAGCUAUGGCGAGUUCGAGACUCGGUAAGAAAUCAACAGCAGUGGCUGCAACGACCAGACGCAGUGACCAAGCAGGCGCGACUCCGUCGUCACUUCCGGUGAACAUACCAGACUGGUCGAAGAUAUUGAAAGACGAGUAUAGGGAGAAUCGGAGGAGAGAUGUGGAUGACGACGACGAUGAUGUGGACGGCGAAGAUUACUUCGAUGGAGGAUCAAGGGUUCCACCGCACGAGUUUCUGGCGAAACAGAUGGCGAGGACGAGAAUCGCAUCAUUCUCUGUACAUGAAGGAGUGGGAAGGACAUUGAAAGGAAGGGAUCUGAGCAGGGUCAGAAAUGCAAUUUGGGAAAAAACUGGGUUUCAAGACUGAAAAUAUCAAGAAAUGGAGGGCCUUUUUUUUAUUUUUCUCGUUCUUUUUUUUCCGGAGAAAGUAAUAUCAGGAAAUAACAAGGAUUGAUAGAGGAAUUCGUGACUACUACAGGUUUUUUUUUUUUUUUUUUCAAGUAAGAGAUAGAC